AUGUUUGACAAGUUGAAGAACAAGCUCGAAGACGUAAUUGAUAAGAAACGUACAGGUAAGGGACACGGUAAUAAAGAAGUCGAAGUCAAAAUUCCCGAUUCCUCUCAGAUUGAUAAAAAAAGUAUUUACAAGUAUCGUUACAACCAUGGUGUGAAUUUAGGGGCUUUAUUCGUGCUAGAAAAGUGGAUUUAUGACGAUUUAUUCGAUAAAGGUGGUGAUACUGAAUAUGACGCCGUUAAUAAUCAAUUGAAAGAUUCGGGUGCUGAGGCAACUGCUCAAAAAUUACAUGAACACUAUCAAGCAUACCUAAAAUCAAUUGAUUUCGAAUUUUUGGUUGAUUCGGGUGUGACUGCACUUAGAGUGCCUAUCGGUUAUUGGCAUGUGGGAAACGGUCAAUUCGUUGAUGGACUGCCCUACUCUCCUUUGAAAAAAGUCUACGAGAAUGCGAAGGCUUGGGAUGUUUUAAAACAAUUGAUUAGUACCUCAAAUAACUAUGGAAUUGGGAUCUUAGUGGAUAUACAUGCGUUACCGGGUGGUGCCAACGCUGAUGCACAUAGUGGUAGCUCUCUAAAAAAUGCAUCCUUCUUUGGCAAUAGCAGUUAUGUGAACCAAGUUUGCAACGAAAUAUUACCCUUUAUCGUUAAAGAUGUGUGCCAAAACAACGAUAAUAUCAUUGGACUGCAAAUUGUUAAUGAAGCUAAAUUCGACAACAACGCUUCUGGUCAGAAGAAAUAUUACUCCAAGGCUACAAAGGCCAUUAGAGCCAUUGAUGAUGACCUGCCCAUAGUAAUUUCUGACGGUUGGUGGCCUCAGCAAUGGGCAGAUUGGGUACAGCAACAAGGCUUAGAUACGAAUCUCAUUGUGGACUCACAUAUCUACCGCUGUUUUUCAGAUUCUGAUAAGCAGAAAAGUGCCCAACAGAUUAUUGACGAUCUGCCUAACAGUGCAAGUUUACCAAAAGAUCAAGCAGAUUACAUGGUUGGUGAGUUUUCAUGCGUUCUAGAUACCCAAACUUGGGAUAAGACUCAAGGUGAUCGUGGUCAAUUGGUUAAACAGUACGGUAAUGCUAAAACGUCGAGUUUCUCCAAAAAUGCCAGUUGGGGAUGGUUUUUUUGGACUCUACAAUUCCAGCAUGGUGAUGGUGGUGAAUGGGGGUUUAUACCGAUGGUCAACAGCUCUUCAAUCCCCAGAAGACCUGGUGGUACUCAUGCUAUUUUAAGCGAUAAUCAAAUCCAAUCAUUUGUGCAACAACAUAGUGAUUAUUGGAAGGAUAAGGGGGGCGAUAAAAUGGAACAUUGGAGAUAUGAAGAUGCUCUAAAAAGUUCAAUCGCCGACAUCAAGGCAUUUGCAGAAUUUAAUAAUUCUCUAGUUGGUAGAUGGCACUCUUGGAAAGUUCAGCGCAGGCAACAGUAUAUUCAGCAAAAAGGUGAUAGUGACUACAUGUGGGAAUGGGACCAAGGGUACCAAAAGGGUCUUGAUGAAUGCAAUCACUACUAG